AACGAUAUCUAUGAUCGGAUUGAAUCAGCCAUGAAGGAACUAUCCACAAUCGCUUGUCUUGUAAACAAUGUGGGAAUAUUCUAUCCCGACUCAAUUCCCCCGUGGCCAGAGAGUUCCCAAGUUAGUUUCGAGUUUAUCAGUCGUAUUGCACAUUGCAAUAUGGUCUCCACGGCCUCAAUGACUCGAAUUGUUCCNAUUUCAUCCCAGUUCCCGAUGCCGUAUUUGUCGCUGUAUUGUUCUACAAAAGCUUUCAUCCUGUCUUUUACCGAGGCCCUGAGAGAGGAGUUGGCUGACACAUCGAUUGUGAUUCAAGCCGUCUGUCCUUCCCUCGUCGCUACAGACCCGACCACGUUUGCUCAGUCCGCAUUGGAUAUGCUUGGUGUGGAAUCGGUUACAUCAGGCUUUAUUUAUCACGCUGUUAUGCGCGAAAUAAUGACUCGGUUGCCGUUGAACAAAAUCAAACAGAUGGUUCGGAAGACAAUGGAGAAGAGAGAAAAUAAGUCAAAAAUUUGUCACUCUUAA